AGGGUUUGUGUACUCAAUAGAAUUCCCCAUCAAAGAGAUGAAUGAAUUUAACUUAAAUUGUAACUGUUUAUGAUCAAAGCUAGCUUUCCAAGAGAACUCACAAGGCAAAAGUUCAGCUUUUAAAACUAGUGCAUAAGGAAUGUGAUAUUUUUAAUUAUUAAACUGAAAUUAAAUACAUUUGGUAUAGAAACUAAAUGUUUAGUAAAGACCCAGAGUGAUUAUUCCAGCCCUUGCCUUGUGUUUUCCAGGUUUAAACCAGGUAAAGGUACGGUUUAAUCUGCCUGUGUGUUUUACACCUUCAACCUGUAACACUUUCGUAGUAUGAUCCCACUCAUGCACAGGCUUGCGAUUAUGUCAAGUCAUUUUUGUGUUUUUGUGUCUUAAUUUCUCAGUGUCACAGGCAUUCUGAAGGAUACUGCAGGGAUCUCAAUGAAGUCUAGACAGCUGCCAGUCUAGUCAGUUGUUUUUAACCUGUCUGAGGGGUAGUGUAAGGACAAUAACAUGUGAGAUAAAUGCAGCACAAAUAAGAUCUGCUUUUCUGUGUGAAUGGCUUCACAGACAAUACAUGGUACUACUGUCCAGAAGUUUAUAUGAGGUUAGUCAAGUAGAUCUUUUGGUACUUAAAACAAUGAGGGUUUGUUUCGAGGGCAAAGAUGGAGACUCGAGCCUAUGUUUCUCAAUACUUAGCAGUUAAGCUCUUAGCCUUUGUCAAACAGAGGGGUUGUUUUCAGUAUACAAUGUGCAAUGUUACAGAAGGUUUCAAAACUCAGUCUAUAGCUACAGUAUAUAAGAUGUAUAUAUGUUGCCUGUUUGUGUGCUAGCCAGAAGUGUGGAGUUCCUGAGAGUGAAGAUAAAAGAAGCCUAAAAUCAGGUACUGAGAAACUCCAGAAGGGAGUAACUCUUCAAAUUCAGGCCCAGAGUGCUAAAGAGGACAGAUUUAACAGAAGCCUUUUGGGCAUUUGUUCACAAAAGACCAUAUUUCAAAUAACAACACUUACUUACUUUAACCUGGCCAAAUCAUUUUUGUUUUCAUCAUACAUCAGCAUUUACUUUAGUCAUCUUCAUAAGGGGGACUUAUCUGCCACUGAGUUUGCUGUAUGUGAGCUUUGGGGGUGAACACUUCUGUUCUUACUGCCACCUACAGGCUCACAAAUGGAAACAAAAAUAUUAUUGUACUCUGAACAUGACCUUGUUUUUGUUGAAAUAGGUAACCAUAUAAAGGCUUUUAAAACUGAUUUUUGUGAUGGCACACUGAGAACACCACAUUUUCCAAUUCAAAUUAUUCUUUGACCUGUUGUUUUUGUACAGAUUGAAUUGACAUUGAGACACUAGAACAAAAAUGAUUAUCACCUGAAAGAAAGAAAUGCAUAUAUGGGUUGUCUCUCACCAUUAUGUUAUCAGGUGGGUUUUUUUAGCCAUUAGAAAAAAUAUUUUUGCACACGUGUUUUCAUGCAUUCAUGCAUGUUCAUAGAUUUAAAAUACAUUUAAUGCAAAUCGAAAAAAAGGGAAUUGUUCCAUUUGAAGGAACUAUAUUUAACACAUCAGUAAAUCCUGAAGAGUGAAAUCGUCUGUCAGCCUGACGUAGAUCCCUGAUGCUGGUGGUGAAAUGGGAGAGAGGGAAAACGCCAGUAAAAGCAGUUAAAAUCCCAAACGUUGUCUAACCCCUCCUCUAUUAUUACCCCCUAACCCAAUGCUUCAGAAGUGCUUGUUCUGUAUAUAAACAAAGGGCAUCCAUAUAGCCUAUCAGCUUCUAGGAAGCAAUAAUCGCCUAAAUGAAAAUAACCCAAGUCCUCUCCCUAAUCCUCGUCUAUCCUUUUUUAUCUCAGGAGUCAGCACAGCAUGGUCCAGUAUGGGGCAGUAAGCGGGCAGGACAGUACGAUGUCACUGAUGCUGGAGGAAUAAGUUAGCUUAAUCUCCUCACUACCAAUGGAGUAAUAGUGCAGUAGAAUAGAGCCAAGAAAGCGGUAACCAUGUUCGGUUUGGCAGUUUGGGUGGCGUUGUGUUGCUUUCCUCUGGUUUGUUUUUCCUGUCCUUCCCAGUGCAGCUGCUUCUAUCACAAGCUGAGUGAUGGCUCCAAAGCAAGGAGUGUCCUCUGCAAUGACCGAGAGAUCACUUUCAUUCCACCUAACUUCCCUCUGGACACGUCCAAGCUGCGCAUUGAGAAGACGGCCAUCGCACACAUCUCCAGCCAGACCUUCCAUUACCUCAGCAACCUGGAGUUCCUGUGGAUGUCCUUCAACUCGCUCUCCACCCUGUACGCUGACAGCUUCCGCGGGCUGUCCAGCCUGGACGAGCUGCGCCUGGAUGGGAACGCGCUCACCUCCUUCCCCUGGGAGUGCCUGACGGACAUGCCAAACUUGCGUCUCCUCGACCUGCACAACAACAAGAUCACGGCCAUCCCCAGCGAGGCCACCCUCUACAUCAGGAACCUCACCUACUUGGACCUCUCCAGCAACAGCCUGACCACCGUGCCCACAGAGGUGCUCAACACAUGGCUGAGUGUCAAACCCUCUGUAGACACGGACAGCUCCAAGAUGAUUCUGGGUCUCCACGACAACCCCUGGGUAUGCGACUGUCGCCUGUUUGACCUGGUGCAGUUCCAGAAGACCCCGUCGUCGGCAGUGGCGUUCGUCGACACACGUCUGCGAUGUGCCGAGCCCGAGAGCCUCUCUGGUGUCUUUUUCAGCGAGACGGAGCUGCGGCGCUGCCAGGCCCCGCGUGUGCACACGGCCGUGGCGCGUGUUCGCAGCUCGGUGGGCAACAAUGUGCUUCUUCGCUGCGGCACCAUUGGCGUGCCCAUCCCCGAGCUCUCCUGGAACCGCGCCGACAGCAAGCCCAUGAACGGCACAGUCCAGCAAGAGGCAUCAAAGGAUGGCAUUAUCUGGUCCAUCCUGAGCGUGCCUGCAGUUUCCUACCGUGACUCAGGGAAGUACAUCUGCACGGCCACUAACUUCGUGGGCACCGCAGAUGCCAUCAUCUCCUUGGUCAUCUCGGAUACGUUCCGCUCGGAGGAGGUCAUGUCCUCCGGCUCCAGGAAGAACCGGGGAAAGAAGGGUGGCGGGACCCGUGCCGCCUACCAGGAAAAGCUGAUCGCCAGAUACAUGCCUCCCUCCACCACCUCUGCCUCCGUGCCCAUCAUCGAGCCGCUGGGCACCGGGCCCUCGCUGGAGAUCGAGAGCUACAGCAUCUCGGACAGCAUGUCGGAGGGCCAGCAGACGGGCGGCGCCUCCAUGGAGAUCGCCAAGGAGGUGCUGAGCAACCUGGCGGGCAACGCCUCGUCCCUGCAGCAGGGUCCAGAGCGCCGGAUUGUGCGCUCCGUCAAAAUCAUCGGCGACACGGACCACACGGUGUCACUGAACUGGCGCGCGCCCAUGGCCACCAACGUCACGUCUUUCAGCGUGCUCUACGCCGUAUUCGGCGAGCGGGACAUGCGUCGCAUUAACGUGGACCCCGGCAAGAACCGCAUCACCAUCGAAGGCCUGGUGCCCAAGACCAAGUACAUCGCGUGCGUGUGCGUCAAGGGCCUGAUCCCCAAGAAGGAGCAGUGUGUCAUCUUCUCCACGGACGAGGCGGCCAGCGCCAGCGGCACGCAGAAGCUCAUCAACGUGGUGGUGAUCACGGUGGCCUGCGUCAUCGCCGUGCCCCUCACGCUCAUCGUCUGCUGCGGAGCCCUCAAGAGGCGCAUGCAGAAGCUGCUCGGCCGCAAGUCGAAGGACAUCCAGGACUCUUACGUCACGUUCGAAACGCUCUCCCCGGGCACCAAAGCCAAAGGGAUGGAAGGGGAAUACCUCACUCGACUCAACCCCGACGAGUCCAACAGGCUUCUCUCAGCCCGCUCCAGCGUCGACUCGGAGGCCACAGCCAGGACUGAAGGCCCACCCAAUGAGUACUUCUGCUAAUCAGUGGUUUCAAAACUAUGCACAGACAUGCACUCCUGUUGGAAACAUUACAACUGGCGUAAACACAUGCAGUUGCAUGAUAGGGUGAGGCCAGUUUUAACUGACCAGUGAAGCUUCACCGGACAUUUGGUUUUCUGGUGGACAGAUGACCCAUUGCUGUGAAGGCUUAGAAUGUGCCUGCUGGGCUGUUGGGAAACAUGAAAGAUGUUCAUUGAUAUUACUGAGACAUUGUACUAUUUAUUUCACAACCAGAUCACCCUGUGAGUGGUGAACUGUGAUGACAAAGUGAACUGAGAAAAAAAUGUAAUUGCAUCCAGACUAUCUGUUCAAGACUCAAGUGUUGCAAUUUUAUACGUCAUGCGUCAUUUUUUGAGGCAUAUACUGUCUUUCAGAUUAUAUUUUGCUAUAUUUCCUGAAGCCCAUCUCUUUGAGAGGAUGGUACAUCCACUCAAAUAACUCUAAAAGUACCUUUUAUUUUAUCAGUGUUUGAUUCACAAAAUGUUUGGAAGAUAGCUGUUGGCCCCAUAAGCAGGUACGUAUGUACCUUUUAAAAUAUAAAUCUAUGUAGCGUGUGAGUUUAUGUGCUGGGUUGACUGCGUUCCAAUUCUAACCUAAAAUAUGUACAUGUUGUUGCAUGUCUAUUUAUCUUAUAAGAUCAUAUAAGUCUAAAUGUAUGAAGGAAUAAAUCUUUUCUUAUAUAGUGGUGUGCAUUGUGCAUUUUUAAGAAAUGUGGCAAUAUACUAUGGAAAUAAAACACCUCAUAAAACUA